AUGAUUUCGUUUUUAUAUCAGCCUGCAAGUAAAAGAGCUGAGAAGCCAAAGCUCAACACAGACAAAAGUAUUGAUGCUCAGAGAAAGAGUUACGAUAGGGCUUUUGAGAUGAAGAACCUGGACCUGAAUGAGCUUGACAAAUAAAUACUGCAAACCAUUUAAUUUCAAGUUUGAAAAAGUCAAUAGAUAUCAGAGAAAGGAAAUUGAUUUCUUCCAAAACCUCAACGAGAAUAUGAAGAGAGAAGCUGCAGAGAAUAGAGAUCACUUUGAAGUCUGUGAUGAGAUUUAUAAUUUCUCAAAAAAGAGACAAGGCAGGGAAAUAUCUCUCUUGGAUAAGAUUUAUGUGCGCCCGAAGUCAAAAUUUGAACAAUAUCAGAAUGCAUCUAAGGCGAAUUCAAAAGAUUCAUUCUUUAUCACUAAUGUGAAAAAGUUUGAUGAAAGCGAAUGCCCUACCAACAUCAUUUCGUGAAAGGAGAAGAUCAGAGAUACCCGUCCAAUCAGUUUGAUAAAUAACGAAGUUAUUAAAUAAGGUCUUGAAAGAAAAAAAACCAACUCAGAUUUUUAAUACCACAAAAGAAAUCCCUGAAAUGAAUGAUUUAACACUGUAUCAAAAGACUCCUAUGAAUACUACUGUUAAUCAGAGUGCUAAAUUGCAGGCAUCUAAGAGGAGGGAUAUUACUACUGAAAUCCACAAGUCUACACCAUUUCAUUCUGGGAAACCCUUUCAAAGAAAUUUUAACGAAAUUAUUGAGGAGGAACAAAAGUCUAAAUCUGAUUCUCACAAUAAAAACCAUAGAAGCUACACAAAAAUUAAAGGAAGUAAUAGUGGAAAUAAACACAUAUUGAGCCGGACUUUUGAUUUGACCCAUAAAGAAAACAAAUUGAAGAAUAAUCUGGGAUGUCAGAGAGGUAAAACCAUGUACCGAAAGAGCAAGUCUAAGAAGAAAAUUGACCUAACUACUAAAUUUCUCAAAAAUAUUGAAAUAAACCGCAGAAGAAAACAAGAAGAGCGUGAACAACUUUAUAGCAGGUUUACACACAGAACAAAACCUAUUACUGAAAGAAGCACAAUGUCUCCAACCUCUAGGCUUAUGUCCAAACUUGAUGGGGUCCGUGGUAAAUCUUUUGAUUUUACAAAGAGAAAGGAGCCUAAAAAGAUUCAGAAAUAAAUUGAGAAACCUUGUUGAAGGAUGCAAAGAAGGUCUAAGAAUAUUUCCUAACUGAGAUAAUGCCAUUGAGUACGGAACCUUUGUCGAGAAGGUCAAGCAGAAGUACAUGAGGAAUACCUCUGAUAUAUUACAAGGAUUCUCCAAACUUAACUGCAAAGACUUAAAGAGAAAUUACAAAUGGAAACUAACCUCUCAGAAGGAAGAGCAGGAAGGAGAAUGUAUCGCUGUCAAGGAAUAUAGGACUGGAAUGCUCGAUACCAGGAGGACAGUAGCUUUUAUAGAACGCACUAAGAAUGUUGCUAAAAUACUAAGCACCAUCAAGCAAAGACAUGCUUAAC